AUGGAAGAUAAAACAAAUUACCAUGUUAGAAGCUUUUCUAAUUCGAUUGUUCCCCAAAUAAAAAACAUUUCAACUUCAAGUUGGUUUCAAAAUCAGAGUGGCUUGUGGAUGGACAAAUAUAAAACUCACUUUUCGGAGGUGUUAACAUCAAAAGGCAUCGGACUUUCUUUCAAUGCAUUGAAUGUCAGCAGCAUAUUGAGAUUUGAUCAACUUUCAGAAGAUUUUCUUAACAAUGAAGAUGUAAUUUUUAAAGUAGGAUCAGAAACAUUCAAUUCUGAAAAGCCAUGGAAAGUUGCAUCAGCGGACAACUCUUUGACAUUCAAGAUCUCGACAAGUUCUACUGCUAAGAAAAAUUCUUACAACAAAGCAUUUUUUGUUCACUCGAACAACGAGCUGGCGAUGAAUCUCUUGCAAUCUGACGAUGUUAUCGUUUUCGAAGGUGGAAAAUCACUUGAGAUCUUGAUCACACCAGUAAUGAUAACAAUCAAUGAAGACGUCGAAUCUCUUGAGUUGAAUGAACGAAAAUGUUUCUUGAAAGGAGAAAAGCGUUUGAGAUUCUUUAAAACUUACACAAAACGUAAUUGUGAGAUCGAAUGUUUCUCUAACUAUACAGAAAGCAUUUGUCAUUGCGUUCCGUUUUCAUUUGUGAGAGAUCCUCUGACAAAAGUGUGCCACCUAAAGUCAAUGUAUUGCGUUAGCAAAGUGAAAUUGAUGAUACGGAAAGGACAAGAUGUUUCAUUACUUGAAUCUUGUAAUUGUCUCAAAACUUGUGAAAAGCUUUCUUAUGAGACCGAAAUAAUCGAGAGCAGAUUCCGUAAUUUGUAA